AUGUCAUCGCUUGACACUCCGGAGAGGGAUAAUGCUUGUUGUAAUCCAUGUAGCACACUGCUGGUGAAAAGAAGAGAACUGCUAGUGUUCUCAGAGGAGUUCAGUUUGCUGAUGGAGUUGCGUAGCUCUCAGAAAGAGGAGAGCAAUGUGCUGACGGUGUUAAACUCCCAGCAUCACAUCCACCUGCAGCUCCGCCUCGGCCCGCGUUCACUCACCUUCAUCUCCACUCAGCACAGAGAAUACGAGUUCCCAGUGGGGUCUCUGUGCGACGGCCAGUGGCACCGGGUCUCGCUGGGGGUCUCCCCGCUCUGGCUGGAGGUGUAUGUGGACUGCUCUCUGGUGGAGAGGGUGAACUGGGCCUAUCCAUGGCAGGACAUCUCCAGUGACGGCCUGCUGAUGAUCGGAGGCAGCCUGGAGCCCUUUGAGACGCCCUUUGAAGGAGCGCUGAGACAAAUGAGUGUUGUGAUGGGGGAUCCAGACGCUGCCAGAGACCACUGUACUCUCCACCAGCCUGCCUGCAACCAAACAACCUCUGAUGAACUCUGGAAAGUACUCUCCGGCGUCAGGCCCCACGAGUCGUCUAACCGCGCAGAAGGAUCCACACAUCAGGAGCCAAACCGUCAGGCUCACCUGUCGGAGAGAAACCCUCAGGACUCCACCCACCGAGAUCCUGCUGAGCGUGCUUUCAUACUCGUCGAGGAACCUCACAUCCUGUCGGCCAUUAAAAAUGAAGACAGAAGAUUUCACGACAUCGACUCGUCCACAAGCAUCAAAACAUUAGAAGAAAAUAUCAUCCAAAGAAAUUCUGCAGACUCAGCUUUAUAUACUGUCGUGGACUUAAGCUCCCCUGAUUCAGAGACACAAAUGUCUGAGGUGAAACUGAACAAUGUUACUUCCCUGACAAAGGAGAACAUGAUAAGGUUGGUGGAAGAUGUUCAAGAUGUUGGCUCAAACAGACUUUUAAGCAACAAGGUUGAAGGGCAGGUUCUCAGUGUGCAGCACAGGGAGUCACUAUCGUCUGAACCUGUCACGGGGACAGGAAACAUCGUCUACGGAUUGGACCAGAAAAUCUACAGAAUCCACAAAGGCCUGUCUGGUCCAAGGGGAGCAAAGGGAAGAAGAGGAUGUGCUGGGAGGGAAGGCUACAUGGGAUUCAAAGGCGACAAGAUGGUGAACUCGUACCUCUCCAGCUACCAGACCCAAUUUCCAGACUUGGUCCGCAAUGGGACUUACCACCCUGCAGUUUCCAACCCAAGCCCCUACAAACUCAGCGAGGCCUUUUGUUCAGGACCGUUAUUACAGCGGGGAUCAGGCUCCUCCCGAGGCGAGCCUUUCUGCACCUUAGAGCUCUGUACCUUCGUCCUGAGGGAAGUGGGGCGAGUUUUCCAGUGUUGUUUUGACUCUGUGAAUCAAGCUGCUCGGGGCUGUGCUCCCCUGCGCUACACUUCAGAAGUGGUACCAGGUAUACAAGGUCUUCCAGGUCUGGACGGGAGGAGAGGGGAUCCAGGGCCUCCAGGACCUCCAGGACUACCCACCCUCUAUCUGUGGAAAAACUCUGAGGAGGACUGGACGGCUUUCAGGAGAUCAUCUGUGUAUCAGAUGCUCAGAGUUGGCUGGCCGGUGACACCCGGCCCUCCUGGAUUUAUGGGUGAAACGGGCAAACCUGGACAUCCAGGUAUUCCUGGAGAUGCAGGGAGCAGAGGGACACCAGGAGAGAGAGGAGACAUGGGCUAUCCCGGACCAAAAGGCCUCCCUGGGAACCCUGGACGGUGGGGCAGGAAUGGAAGUCAAGGAUUGGACGGUCGUCCUGGGCCGCCAGGUUUACCUGGACUGAAGGGUCCCAGAGGUUUUAAAGGUGAUGCGGCUCCACCAGGAGAGAAAGGUGAUGAGGGCUUCACAGGAGAGCCUGGACCAGAGGGAGACAAAGGAGGAGCAGGAGAAAAGGGGUCUAAAGGGGAACCAGGAGAAGAUGGAUCUGUUGGGCCUCCUGGUCCUGUGGGUAAAAGAGGCUUAAAGGGGCUUCCUGGACUUCCAGGGCCAAAGGGAGAUGCUGGAGAAGAUGGUAUGAGAGGUCCUCCAGGACUCGAGGGUGCACCGGGGGCCACGGGAGGGAUAGGACCUCCUGGACUGAACGGGUCUGAGGGAGAUCAAGGUCCGACUGGUCCAAGAGGUCGUAGAGGCCCUCAGGGACCGUCGGGACUAAGAGGAGAGAUGGGCUUACCUGGACCUCUUGGACUUCAGGGUCCACCAGGCAAUGACUCUCCUCCUGGUCAGAAAGGGGACAUGGGUGAAACUGGGCCAAUGGGAGUAAAAGGAAAUCCUGGCAGGGAAGGGACCAUGGGUCCGAUUGGGAGUCCUGGUCCUAAAGGAUAUCCUGGAGGAACUGGCUUCAGAGGACUGGAUGGUGACAAAGGAGAGGCGGGACCCAAAGGAGACAAAGGCCCUCCUGGUGCUGCAGGGAUCCCGGGUCAUCAGGGCGAGAGGGGGGAACGUGGCAGCACAGGUCCUCCAGGGGUGAGAGGUCAACCUGGGCCCAGAGGAAAAGAGGGUGAAGAUGGGGAGGCUGGUCUUCAGGGAGCUGUGGCGAAUCAGGGGUCAAAGGGCGACAGAGGGAUGCAAGGGCCCAACGGGAACACAGGGCUCAAAGGACGGAGGGGUCAGACUGGAGUCCCCGGCCUGUUUGGUCCCCCUGGCCUGCCAGGUUUUAGAGGCAGAGUUGGGAUUGAGGGAGCUGAAGGAAAGCCUGGGGGUCCAUGGGUCUGUUGGCUUUCCUGGACCUGAAGGAGACAGAGUGAGUAGUGUUGUAGUCAAAACCAGACUAAACGAGACCAAGACAUAAGAGAGACCAGAGUGCUCCGAGACCGAGACAUGACCAAGAGCAGGACCAAGGCAGGGCGAGGCAGAGACAAGACAAUUAAGGAUCGAGACUGAGUCAAGACCAGGACCGUGGCAGGGUGACUUGUGUGCAGCGGGCGUGUCACUCUCCUAGACCGUAAA